AUGCUUAAAAAAAAAUGUCUAGAGAAGCUAAAAAUUUUAAUUUGCGGAGUUGUCUUGGGAUUUUUUAACAAAGAACAACAAUAUAUUUUGCAAUAUCAAAUAAAAUAUUUUAAAUUAUUUUUUCUAAUGGAUAAUAAUUAUCAGGCAAACAAUUCUAAAUGCAAAUGCUGCAAAGGUAUCGUGAAGCAGCAGAUUCUAAAUCGUAAUUAUUUAUAAUAUUAAUAGAGCCAAAAUUCAAAAUUGAAGAGUAAAUAACCUAUGAAUGUCAGCCAAUGCUGAAUAGGCAUUAACAAUGCAAUUAAUUUUGCUUAAACUUUACAAAAAGGAUUUCAGUUCCUAAAGAAAUUCACUUAUAAUUUCCUAAAGUUUAACCAAUGUCAUUGAGGGAAAGCAAAUUAUUUGUAUUAAAAUUAGUUGACCUCAAUUAAGAGAUCAAAGAAAAUAAAAAAAAUGAAGAAAAUUAAAAAAUUGAAAAGAAGAAGAGCAUUCAAAAUUGCCUCUCAUCUAACCUAAGUGGAAAGAAAAUAAAUUUUAGAGCUUUAAAAAUAAAAGUUUAAGACAAAUGUGAUAGCUGCCAUUUUUUUUAUUACUCCUUCUCAAGUGAGAAAAAUUUAAUUCAUUUAAAGAUAAUAAAAUAAAAAAAACAACUAAGGAUUACUAGGUUUUAAUAAGAAUGGUUGCUAUAACAAGCAUCAUUUUAGUCAAAUCGAAUUCUCUUUAAUGCUAAAUCAUUUCUAUUUGCUUUCAAAGAACACUUUCCUAAUCAAAAUGUAUCAAUAUCUCAAUUUCGAAAGAUUUUAUUAACAUUAAAUAUUCGAUAUAGAAUUCCUUCUCUCAAACCUUUCCAGUUCUUUAACAAAGAUGGAAAAAGAGAAGAGAUGAAGAAUUUUAUAUCUUUGAUUUGUGGCUAUGUAUAGUAAAAAUACAAACUAAUAUUUAUUGAUGUGUUCCUUAGGAAAUAUAUCAAAAAAUUCUCAUAAACAAUGGCAUCUUAUAUGAACAUUUAAAGAAACGACAUAAAGAAUUUCUAACUUUAUAUAUUUAAUUGGAUCAUUAGGUGAAGAUGGCUUCUUAUAUUAUUAAUUAUUUUCUGGUACAGGGAAGAGUUAUAUAUUUCAAGACUUUUUAAUUGAAGUUCUAAACUAAGCCACAAUUUAUUAUAAGGAUAAACCAGUUGUUUUGAUUUUAGAUAAUUGUAGUAUACAUAAAUAAUCUUUAAUAAAGGAGGUACUUGACAAUAUCCCUUGCAUUUUUACUCCA